UAAAAAGAGUAGGCUGUGACUGGGGUGAGAAAGAGUUGUAGUUUUGGAAGGCAUAAGAAAAGUUAAAGGACAUUGAAUAAGUAUAUUAAAUGAUUUCUGGUCGAAGAUAACAAUCUCUCAGAGUUUUGGUUUUCAGAAGGCGCAGUGCUCUAGCUGUCAUCAGCCUAUUGGCUCAACUGGUGAUACAGUGUCUUGUCCUCACUUUCUUUCUUUUCAUGCUUAGUCUUUCCCGAGCCUCUCUAUAUAAAAAGUUGGUGCCUUUACUGCAAUUCUCAACUCUUUCCUUAGUCUACCGGAAUGUUUUAACUUCAGGAGGAUCCAUGAGUGAAGUAAUGGUAUUCUCUUAUAGAUAAUAAUUUGUUGAAGAGUGAGUGUGAAAGGAAGCUUCUCGAGAGGUUCCUCAGAGUGGUUUCUCUCAGAGUGUGCUUAGACUCCUCCGUUUCACAUGUGAGCAGACUUGAGGGGCUUAUUUGGUUUGAACUGCUAUAAAAAUGGCUGCUGUCUAUGAUCUAAAGCAAAGAGGUCAAUUGACAAUCUUCGACAGCUUUGAUGACCUUGCCACUGAUUUAGCCGAGUACAUCGCACAACUUUCAGAGAUUUCAGUUAAAGAGAGAGGAUGCUUCACUGUUGCUUUGUCUGGAGGAUCUCUCAUCAGUUUUCUUGGGAAAUUGUAUGAAGCUCCUUACGACAAGACAGUUGAUUGGACAAAAUGGUAUGUUUUAUGGGCCGAUGAACGUGCAGUCUCCAAGAGCCAUCCUGACAGCAACUACAAACUCACAAAGGAUAACUUCCUUUCAAAGGUACCUAUUCUAAACAACCAUGUAUACUCCAUCAAUGACAACCUGACAGUGGAGGAUGCAGCAAUGCAGUAUGAAUUCGUGAUCCGCCAGCUUGUUAAAGCUCGUAUACUCAAUGUCUCAAGUAUCAACGACUGCCCGAAAUUUGAUCUCAUUCUUCUUUCUGUGGGAUCGAAUGGGAGUAUAGCCUCAUUGUUCCCGCACCACCCUGCUCUCGAGCAAAGUGAUGAUUGGAUCACUUACAUUACUGACGCAUCAGAGCCGCCACCGGAGAGAAUCACAUUUACACUUCCAGUUAUCAACUCGGCAUCCAAUGUGGUUGUGUUGGCGACCGGAGAAGACAAGGCGACGGCAAUGCACUUCGCCGUUGAUGAUUCAGGCGAAGAAUUCGAUGCUUCUGCUGUGCCUGCAUGCCUGGUUAGGCCUGUUGAUGGGAAGUUGGUGUGGUUCAUGGACAUGUUAGCUGCCUCAAAGCUGCAGUUGAGUGGAUGAUAGCUAUAUUUAUUGCAGCAAUAUGUGGUUGUUUGUAUGUAGUUUUUGGAGAGGAAUUUGAUAGAAUGUUUUGAGUUCUCUUUGUCUCUGGGUUUAUUUUUGGUUGGUUGGAAAAUAAGUGAGUCUUUUGCACAAUGUUCUGAGCUUUUCAAAGGUUAUUUUGAGGAAUUGAAAUGAAAAGAAAGAAAGCUUGCAUGCGUUUUGUGUGCUUUCUUA